AGUGUGUAUAAAAGCUCUCAGCUGAGAGGCAGACAGCACGUUGGGAAAACAUUUUCAGAGAGGCCAGCAGCUCUUCAUUGCAGCCUGAACACAGCAGCCAUGGCUGAGAGACGUAUUCCUUUCACCCUGCUCCGCACCCCAAGCUGGGACCCAUUCCGUGACUGGCCCCAGAGCAGCCGCAUCUUCGACCAGACCUUCGGCAUGCCGGCCCUGCCAGAGGACUUCGCCACAUUCCCCAGCACCCACUGGCCGGGGUACCUGCGGCCCACCAUGAUGGCCCCGGAAAUGACCCCCAUGAUGUACCCAGGCGCCAUGAUGGCCCAGCACGCUCGUGCCCUUUCCCGCCAGAUGAGCAGCGGCAUGUCAGAGAUCAAGCAGACCCAAGACAACUGGAAAGUGUCCCUGGAUGUCAACCACUUCUCACCUGAGGAGCUGGUGGUGAAGACCAAGGACGGAGUGGUGGAAAUCACAGGCAAGCACGAGGAGAGGAAGGAUGAGCACGGUUUUGUGUCCAGAAGCUUCACCAGGAAAUACACCCUCCCGUCUACAGCUGACAUUGAAAAGGUGACCUCUGCCCUGUCUCCUGACGGGGUGCUCACCAUUGAGGCUCCUUUGAACAGACCGGCCAUCGAGUCCUCAGAGACCACAAUACCUGUGUCAGUGGAAAACAAAGGUGAUGUGGUGAAGAAGUAGGAAGAAAAGACGAGCUGCCCCCCCCCCCACACACACACACAUUUGAAUAAUCACUUUAUUCCCACAAAGUGCUUCUAGAAAGGUGAGGAGGCAGCUUAUCGCUCUCACUAAAGCAGGCUUGUUCACACACCAGAGACAGAAGAGCAAGGGAUUGCCCUUGCUCUUCUGUCUCCCCUCUGUCUCUGAUAAUGAGCCAACCCCAGCUGAGUGCACUGUGUAAACACAUCUGCAGCAGAGCCAUAUGCCUUCUCUUUCUGCUGUAAUUACACUCUUCAUCUGAAUGUAGGAAAUCUUAGCUUAGCCCCACUCACGGUUUUCUUUUUUCCUCCCGCUCACUUACACACACACACACCUUUCUUGUUCCUACUGAGCAUAUCCCCUUCAUGCUGCCUCUAUAGACACAUUAAAGACAACAGCAAAGUGGACUGUUAUAACAGUGAUCUUGUAAAUUAAGGAAGUAAGGUCCCAGGAAAGCACACACACCACCACCCUGUGUGCAGAACAGUGCCUGUCAGCGACCAUGCUGUGGUCUCCCUGGACAGGAAAUAGACUGGUUUCAUCUUCUGUUGUCUUUGGAUACAAACCAUGCAGUCAUGCAAUAAGACAAUAAAGAAGGAACAACA